GAUAGUUUAUAAAUUAAAACUAUUAACUAAUAUUAAAUUGUGAUAAGAAGACUUACGACGUAACAAUCCAAGUUACAAAUUGAAUAUUAAGUUUGAUAGUCUGAUCAGUUUGACCGAAUAACUGAAUAUCAACAACCUAAUGACGGAAAUACAGAUUAGCCUGUGUACACAUCAACAUGAAAACUAAGCAGCCUAAAGAGGAGUCAGAAAAGACUACAGAUGAGGAUGUAAUAGAACCCAAGACCCGAGCUCGGAAGAAAGCUUCAGAUCUUAUAGAGGAAGACAAGAACAAGGCUAGCCAAGAUGACCCCAAGCCUUCCAAAGAGACCAAGAAGAGUGCACCCAAACCCAAGGCAGUAGUCAAGAAACGACCCCUUGGUAUUAGAAAAACCAGAACUCUGAAAGCCAAGAAGGGAAUUCCGGCCAAGAAAAAUGCUAUUAAGAAAGUAACCACCCGAGGCAGAAAGGCAAGUGCGAAAGUUGAAACUGAUGUUGCAGAAAAACAAACCGUCCCACUGAUACCUGCCUCUGAAAUCAAGACAGAACCAGCCGAGGACACAACUCCUAACUCUAGGUCUCAAAGUCCUAAAACAACCGGUCGCAGAUCAAGGCUUAGCUCAGAUAUUAUAAUGAUGAAGUCGGUCUUAGCUGAUGCACCGAACAAUCUCAUACUGGGACCCCGGACUAGCCCAUACUCAAUGCGCUCCGAGAGGAGCAAUAGUCCUUCAUUGUUUGAUGGGAAGAAUUUGAGAAGUGGAAAGCCGAGGAAGGCCAAAAACAAUCUGCUCAAUGAAGUCGUCAUCAAAGAGCAGAAGAAAAGAAGAUUGUUGUCGGAUACAAAGCUAGAAGCUCCUGAGACUCCGGAAGACACUAAAAGAUUAAAGAGAGGUCGCUCGUGUUCCAGGGACGGCAGCGAGAUCUCUAAGUGUUCUGAUGUCACAGAAUCAGACGCUAGUAUAAGUGAGACUACAAACGAUGGUGAAAGCAAGGAGCUCAACAAAAAUGUAGAUAAACUUAAGACUGAUGUAGAUAUAGAUAUUGCAACAAAUGUACAGAUCUCUUCUAUUGGAAAAGUGCCUUCUCCUAGUGAUGAUCCCAUAUUAUCAGAAAACAAAGCAGAUACUAGUUCUAUCACAAAAGAAAAGGAUAAUAAAAAUUUGAGCUUAAAAACUACUUCCUUAGAUUCAGAAAACAAUAAUAGUAAUAGACUUAAGUUAGAAAAUUUAAAUGUCUCUGAUCUAGAGGACAGAUAUGUAUUGAAGACUGAAAAUGAUGCGCUGUUUGAAGAGAGGAGUAGUAUAUUGACGAGCAUGUCUAAGACAUUUAAUUCUAAGGAAGUUUCUAAAAAUAUAAGGAAGGCAAGAAGAGGUAAGAAGGCUGCAGCUGCCACUAGAGUGACCUCGACUCCUAUCGCAAAGAAUGGAAUACCUCCACCCAUUCCUAGUGAGUUGGUAGAAGAUAAACCCGAAACAGUAGAUUCGUUAUCAAAAGAAAUUAGCGACCUUAUAAAUGACCUAGACCAAAACAUAAAUCAGGACCAACAAAAUCUAAAUAACAGUACAAUUGUUCCUGAGCAUCCCCAAACGAGAACGGUUAGCUCGUUCUAUGGGCUUUCUAAACCUCUGGGCGAUAAUAAUAGCAUCCCGGCGCCCGAGACUCCCGUUAAAGAAAAAGACAAGUUGGCCAUUAACAAUGAAUGCACGCCAUCGAAAAAUGACUGUGAAAAUAUUAGGUUACAUUACGAAGAAGACUCGGCCGAGAAGUCCUACGAAAACAGAACAGAGAUAACGUGCGCCGCCACAAGUAUAGACAAACUGAUGGACAGGUUGAAAGAGUUUGAAGAAUUUGACAAAAGGAGACAAAGACAAGAGUCUGAAUCUAAAUCUAACGAGAACAAAUCCGUUAUGGUGACCAAUGACGUCGUUCUUAUUCACAAAUCUGGCGCCGAUAUCAAGCCAUUUAAGGACAUUCAAACGGUCAAAUCUCCUGAAAGAGUUAUCGAAAAAGAAAAUGUGCUCAGCUGCUUCGAAAACAAUUCGGCAAUUUCCAUAGUCAAACGAGACCAAAUGAGACGGUCUACUGACGUGGAUUUGCCGAAUAGUAUUACAUUGAUUAAAAGAAAUAGUGUUAGUGCUAGAAAAGAAUCAACUAGCUCAAACCAUUCUAAAGAAUCAGAUGCGAUUAGCAUUUUUGAGAAAUCCUUGGGCAAGGAUGUGACACUAACUGAAAUUAAGAAAACGAUGGACAAACCUGCGACACCGGCGCCCCAGGUGGACUUGAAUCAGUUUGCUACCUUACACCCCACGAAUACAAACCAAACAAUAGCAAUGUUCGAUACGAACCAGAUUUCUAUCACACCUCGAGGUAUCGAGAAUAAACUGAGCAACGAUGUUCAGUUGACCAGAAGAAAAUCGAGCUUGUCCUUAACGCGAAAGUCGUCCGAUUCCAGCUUAGAUUCUGAUAAAAUGGCGACCAUCGAGAAGAUUAAAUCGCCACCGCAUCAGAUAAUAUUUAAGGGGAUUCCGGUGACUUCGACCCCAGUAGCGAUCAAGUCGCCAGAGUCGGUGCAGCCUGUCGAAAUAGAAGCACUGCCACCACUGAUGGAUAUUGACAAACCCGCGUCGGAAGACACAUCUUUGGCCUUGGAAGCCCCAAAAGUUGAAAGUCAGCUACCUGAAACAAGUAGUGACGAAACAAAGGAAGAAAUUAAAGAGCAAGCACUGCCGAAUAAAGAAAUUCAGAAAGAUGCCGAAAUUAAGGAACCAGUAGAAAUAAAAGAUGAUACUAAAGUAGCAGAUAAAGUAGAAGAAAAGAUGGAAAUAGUAGAUGAAACGCCAAAGCCAGUAGAAAAUAAACUAGACGUGACUCCUCCUAAGGACGAAACCAAGACCGAUUCGAGAGACAAAAAAGAUGCAACUGAUGUGGAAGGCAUAAAAGAGAAGGAAGCGAAACCAGAAAUUAAGCCUACAGAAAAAACACCGGGAAAACCCGUAAAGAGCAAAUCAGCGCGCAAUUCUUUAGAAGAAGAAUCUCCAGGUCCUAGCAACCUUUUGCAAGAAACUCCCGAAAGUCAAAAGAGGAAAGAGAAUAUUUUGCGAACGUUAGGACUAGUUACGCAUAAAGCUGCCAACGAGGAGCGCAUCGAUAGACAGAAGGAGAAGAAGAGGCUAUACGGGAACAACUAUCCCAACAUUCUAAAGGGGAAAUCUGGCAAAUCCGACUACACGGGGACUCUGAAGACGGUCAUUAAGCUUAACAGAGGUUCAGGGGACAAAGAUAAGAAGAAAUACACGAGUUCCCUAAAGUUGACCUUCCAGAAGAGCAAGCAUAGAGGCAAGCCGCCGCAAGAGGUUGGCGCGCAGGCUGGGGUAGAAGACGCCUAUUACACUAUCGAGAGGAGAGAGGGUGGUCCGGGCACUUCAACUGAGGGUGGGCACAGAAAGUCUCAUUACAGUAAUCGGCUUAACAACCAUGACGUCGAAGCUGCUCCCGAACCGGAACCGGAAACUCUGAAUCUGGUUAUUCCGGAGAAGGCGUCGUCCUUCAGCAUCCACCCUGGGCGGCUGUGCAUGGACCAGUGUUUCUACUGUGGUGGCAAGUUUGGUCUGUUCGACACACCAUGUCACAUAGCACAGAUGAAGAGCGGAGAGAGGCAGAGGAAGGUUUUGGACAACGAGGAGAAGCUGACCAUAGACAGCUGCCUGUGCGACGCGUGCUACCGGCACGUGGACCGGCGCGCCAACUGCCCCUCCUACCGCAAGCGGCCGCUCGGCAAACCCGCGCCCACCGAGCCCGGCAGCGCCGCGCCCGCCACACAUCCCGCACCGCCUCCGAAACCGGACAGUCCAGAAAGCGAGGAGUCUCGCGGGCGCCGCGCCGCCUGCCACACGACCGGCUGCGGAGCGCCCGCAGACCACUCCAUACGACGCAAGUGGCUCAUCAAGAUGCGGUCCAGCGUUAAUAGUAUUCUGAAGCUCGAAGGCGAUUACCCCGGGCUGCACACUAUCCCGCUCUGCGGCGACCACUACCGAGCGCUCGCGCCGCUCCGAGCGUGCGCGCUGUGUAGACGCCGACUCACCAAACAUCACAACUUGCAGGCGCCGCAGCAGAACCCCAGCGACCUGAAUGGUCUACUACAAGAGGCUCAAAUACCAGCGGAGUUGCCAGAGAAGGCUCUCCUGUGUAAAUGGUGUAGGUGCUUCUGCUCGCUGAUACAGCGACCCACGCAGGACAAACACACGAGAGCCUACAGAAGAAAACUUCUACAAAUAUACAAUGUGGAACUACCCCCAGAACUGGAGCAAUUGACAGAUGAUGCUAACAUCCUCAAGGACUGCAACAGCGGAGCCAACAAACAGAAGAAGAAGGCACGAAAUAAGUCCAAACAGAGGAAAUCUACUGAUAACAACUCCGAGUCCUCUACCAAGAGUCAUAGUGAAUCGGAGAAAGAUAAGAAAGAAGAUGCUGGCAGUGAUACUAAUAAUGUUAACGACACUAAUACAGAAAAUAAUACAGAAGGAGCAACCACUAAUAACGCACUCGACGAAACUAACGAAACUACAGACAAUACCAAAGAACCUAAUCAACCAAUAGAAGAGGACAUAGAAAGCCUGAUAUCGUCCAAUAAAAUACCUGUCCCGGGAGCGAUGUCGUUAGAAAAUAACUCCCAGAGUGAUAGCUCCGAAACAGACAUGCUUUCUGACCCCGACGCACCGACGCUGCCACUCGACAAACAGACUGAACUAAGAUAUCUACUACAGAAACAGAACAACCCAGCACAAUUCCAGCAGAUGGGCAACCUGACGCAGAAACAGAAGAACAUGUUGAAAGUGCAAACGACGGGCAUACAGAAGUCCGGACAACAGCACAGGAUAAAUGAAAAGAAUGCAAAGAGGAUACAGAAACUUGGCCAAAUAAUUCUGCAAAAAGACAAAGCUUCCAGGAAAGACGAAGCAGAAAAAGUAAAGGAGAUGCCAAUAAUGCGUAAUGUACCACUGAACGAGGAAUGCACGAUAGAGACCAUACCGAAUAAGAAGCCGGCAGAUAUAAAUACGCUUAAAAACAAAUGGCAGAUGUCGGAAAGCUUUACACAAGUUAAGAAAAAUCUGACAGAACUAUCAAAGAAAGCGACCGUCGAAAAUCCGAAGAAAUCUGGUGACGGCAAGUAUUCUAAUCCAGUUAAAAGAUUAGAAACGAAUCCUUCUAUAUCAGUCAGAGAAUUAUUCCCGGGAGAAGAGGAGAUGAGUCUUCAGUGUAAUAUAGAUUUCAAUAACGUAAAAGGAGUUACUCCCGAGGGUUGGGAGAAAUGUAAUAGUGUGAUACAGUAUGAUAAUGAAACGAAACGAUUGUGGACUGAGCUGCAAAGACCAUACGGAAACCAGUCCAGUUUCCUUAGGCAUUUAAUUCUAUUGGAGAAGUAUUUUAGGAGCGGUGAUCUCGUCUUAUCUCACAACGCGACGCCUCACGCGGCUAACUACAGUUCCUCUGUGCAAAAUAGACUAAAGGCCUACGAUAACGUACCUCAGGAACCACCUAAAAGGGACUCCGUGAGCUUAAUAGAGUUCAGAAAGAAACCGUCAAUGAAUGGAAAGAGUUUGCUCAAAUCGAAUCAAACUCCCGAAGACAAAGAUCCUAAGAAGUUCAUGCCCCCACCAAAUCUGCCGAAACCCAAAAAUAAGACUGACAAGAAAGCCAAACCACUACCUCCAGAACUAAUCGCGAUUAACACACCUAGUGCUGCUGGGAGGAAGUCCAUAAAUAAUGUCCUACAGAAUAUACAGCAGCUGGUAAAAGAUGUGUCCGCAUCUGAUCCGACUGUCAUCGCCGCCGCACCUCUUCCGGCGAACCAACCGAAAGAAAAGAAAGAGAUCCCUGCACUCAAAUAUGACCCGCCCAAAGAAAAGAAAGAGAUGCCCGGUUUGAAAUUAGAUCUGGGAAAAGAUAAAAAGAAUGGCCCACCAAAACCCGACAACAAAGACAAGAAAGACAAAAAGGAGACACCGAAGAAGAAUGAAAGCAAAGGCUGGAGACCUACACUUAUGCCCAUUACACCUGAAAACUUGGCGAGAAUAGCUCGAGAACCUCUGAAGACAUCAGUCGAUGGCCACAGUUUACCGAGCUUAGUUCAAGUUUUAUCAUCAGGCAUCCGAUAUCAUAUCACAUUUGAGGAUUACAACAAAAUGGCGCUUAUCAGGAAAGAGAGGCGGAAAAAGAGAUUCGAGGACAAAGAGGCUAAAACGAGGAAGUCUACCGACGACAACACAGUCGUCACCGAAAUUCUGUCCUCACCUAUGUUGGGUAACGGGGGAACACUAGUUCAGAACAUCACUCCAGAAGCAGAAAAGAAAGAAACAGAAUUACAAAUGACCUCAAACGCCGCUACAAUACUCAAGAAUGUUGGUCUCAAGAAUAUCACAAUAGCCCCCAUCACUCCCAAGACUGCUACGGUGACUUCCCAAACUCUGUCACCCGCCAUAUCCUCGCCGUCCCUGUUGGUCACGACUCCAAUAAAGAUACCGCAGUUCGGUCCAGCUGUAUCCAUCACGAGCGAGACAGUCCUGACUCCGAACCUGCCGAUCAUGACCACGAAUCCGAUGAUCCUGCCGAAGAUUCCGAAAUCGUUGACUGUGAUACCGCAGACGAUGGUAGCGAGUCAGGCGGUCAUGAUGCCCGUCGCCUCCACCGCGCCCUCCCAAGCCGUGAUGUCGGACCGACCAUAACGAAGCCUGAUCUUCGUGGUCGUAUAGCGACCGCCGCCCGCGAGGCCGUGAGUCUCGUGUCGUGAAGUGAUAUUCAGUGAACCUAGUGUAGUGAUGUGACAUAUCGGAUGCGGUUCGGACUUCCUGUUAGUUAGCCCCUCGGAUAGUGAGGUGACGCAAUAUAUAAGUGAGAACACCAGAAAGCCUUAACUCGUGUAAAUAUUAGGUUAGGUACGGAUUUGCGCUGUGAAAAUGGUGACAAAAUUGAUAACAUAAUUACUGUUAAAUUAAGUUGCUUUGUGCAAAUGAUAUGGAGGUUCAUUCAAGCUAUUUAUUACAUACUGACUGUUGGACUGUUCUGAUUUAUAUGUGACUGAGCUGAAGUCAUAUAUUUUAUUUGUAUUGCCUAUGUUAGUUACACUUUUGUAAGCUAUCAAAAUCUACAGUACAUAUUCAACAAUAAACAAAAGUCAAAUUUAAACUAUUUUUUAUUUAUUGCAUUAACAUUUAAAAACAAAGUAUAUAAUACAGAUUAAUAUACAUAUUCUAAUUAUAUUCAUCAAGCCCAACGCAAUAGAAAUUCUAUUGUAUCUCGUUUUUCCACAAUCGACAGGUUAAUCAUAUUAGUGAAGAAUAACUUAAAAAUUCAAUUUAAAAUUUAGCUACAACUGCUUUUACUAACUGUUGAAAAAUACUUGAUAAUAUAUUACAUGUGACAAAAUAACGCCCCUUCUUGUCUGGGGGUUUAAUGUUGUGAUCAUUACUUCAAAAUUCUCUAGUCAGGUCAGAACGUGCAUUUAUAAUUUAUUUGAUAACGAAAUCACUAACUUUAUAUCAUUUGCAUAAAAAUAGACUAAUAUCAACACUGCUGAGUGUAAUAUGUAUGAUCGAUUGUAAAUAUAUUCACUGGGGAAAGUGUGCUUCUCCUGUUAGGAGCUAGUUCUAAUGUAUAAUAUACUCCAUAGACAGACAUACAACGGAACUUGCAUAUUGUAUAAACCUAAAUGUGGACCCGCAAAUGUAUAGAAAAUAUAAUUAAGGAUAAAUAAAACAUAUUUUUCCAUUGAAUUAAUGUUAUAUUCUAAUCAGCACUGUAUAACAACCAAUUACAUAGGAGUUACGACACAUUUCUUUUUGACCCUUUUUAAGUAUACAUGUAAAAUAUAAAGGUGUGAUACUCCUUAGUUAUAUUAUGUUGAGUUGUAAUAACUUGUAGGAAACUUCCUUUAUGUUAUAAGUUGUAGUUAAAAGGAACCUGACCAAUUUAGAUAGAUUCUGAUAUUUUUUACACUCAUAAAUUGACUGUUCUAUAACAUAAAUUGAUUGUCGUAAUUUAAAACUGUUAGGCCUACCACUUACCAGCAUCUGGGUCAUUCUUAUGUUGUCGAAAUACCAUGCCUUCUCUGACAAAUAUGACGAACAAGAGAUACUUACAAUAUUCAAUGUAUGAUUAACUAGGUAUCCCAGAUUAGCUAAUAAGCUCUUUCUUUUUUUAUUAUUACGUAUUUUAUUUCAGAUAGAAAUUUUUUCUAUAAUUCUGAUUAAAGAGAAUAAAGUUUUUUUUUUUCAUAUCAAUCACUACUUUGGUCAAAGUAUCCAAAUGAUUAUUUUAGUGCCUGUUGUAUUGAACCCUUGCACAUGUAAAUAUGCACAACAGCCCCGUUUAUAUUUGGCAAUGCUCAUGGUUGAAUCGUAAGUUGAACAUAUAUAUUGUAUUGUUGGAAAUUACUAUUUUAUUUUGGUCCAUUGUAUUACGGUACCAAUGUUAACGUGUUGUACAGAGGUGUGUCGAGGCGUUUGCGAUUCUUAUUUUAAAAUUCCCGCCAUUUUGUUGCUUUUGGCGCCUUUUCCAAAUUAUAUUGAUUUUUUUCAAUUCAUAAAAAUCAUGUCAUGAGUUCAUGACCAAUUAUUUAAACGUAAUUUUUAUAUUAAUGAUCUCAAACAUUUGUUUAAAUAAUUAUUACAAAAUUCACAAAUACAUUACAAAUCAAUAAUUCAUUCAAAAAUCCAGUCUUGGUGCAGUCUAUAUUAAACAUAAAAUAGCAUUGUACUUAAAUUGAGAAAAUCGCAAAGGUUUAUCCUACUGUUAUCAAAUCUUUCAGACAAAAAAUAUGGCAGAAAUAGGUUCUGAAAUUAAAUAUCGCUAUAAAAUGGCGGAAAAUUGACGAAGCAAUCGCCUUCACAUGCAACAAAUUGUUAUAGAAAUAUAUUUUAGUAAUUGGAAGUUUCACGUUUCAGAACAAAAUCGACAUAGCCCGAUAUUUAGUUUCUUCCAAAGAUAGUGUGUUAGUUUACAAUAUUAUUAUGUUAAGUUAUCCGUGGUGUCCGUGCGGCGCGCCUGAUGUAUGAAUUUGUCUAAUAAACAUAUCCCUAUCUCA